ACGUCAUCAUUCUGCGUCAAAAGAAGACUCCAUAGCACAACAGUCAUGUGGUGAAAAAGCAUGAUAUCUUUAACAGAGACCACCGAGGAACAGUCUGAGCUCCCGUUCAAAUUCGUCCCGCAGCUCUUUCACCUGCACAAGGACCACGACCUGUUUGAGGAUGGAGACGUCCACAGACACAUGUAUCUGCAAGACCUGUACUGUGUUUCAGAGGCAGAGGACAAGUCAACACCCAGCAUAUCGCAGUUUGCCUGUCACAUCUCCGGCUGCAGCGCCGUCUUCAGCGUGCUGGAGGAGUACGAGCACCAUUACAACUCCUUGCACAGACAUGUUUGCUGCUCCUGCCGUCGUUCUCUGCCAAGUGCUCGGCUCCUUGAUGUUCACAUUCAGGAGUGGCAUGACUCUCUCUUCACUAUCCUUGCCCAGACACAAGACAUGUACCAGUGUUUGGUCGAGGGCUGUGGUCAGAAGUUCAGGACUAAUAAAGACAGGAAAGACCACCUGGUAAUGAUUCACAAGUAUCCUCCCGACUUCAGAUUUGACAAAACCAAAAAGGACAGGCGAACCCACGAGACAAAGAAACCACAGCAGAUAGAGACAGCCAUGGAGGUGGUAGAUGAUACGUGCGGGUCUGAGAGAGUGCACGAUGGGCUGUCUGACCAGCAGGAGCGCGGAGAAUCCAUGGAGACGCAUGUCUCCGAGGAAGAAGCUGCUCAGAACUAUGCUGCUGCUGCUGCUGCCGGGGGCGACGCAGGACUUUCUGCUGCACUUCACAGCAACAAGCAUGCAAACAGCGAGAUGCCAAAACCACAGUACUCCUACAGAGUCCCUGCGACUGUGUGCUUUGGUCACGGAUCCGUCCGAGGCUUCAGAGGGCGACGGGGAAGGAGAAAAUGAAACUUCACCGUGAUUGUCUCUUUUAAAUAUGUAUAAAUACCCUUGUUUUUGCGAGUGAAUGUAUAUAAUGUCAUCUGUGGCUUUUAAACUUAAAUUAAAAUAGCUUUUGCAAAAUAAUAAUAAUAAUACGAUGUUUUUUAUCCUGUUACAUGGCUCACUUUUGUUAUUUUUGUUUUUUUUACACACCAUACUGAAUGCUGUCAUUAUACUGCAAGAAUGUAAACCGAAUCACACAGAUCAGCGCAACAUUCAGCUGCAAAUAACUAAGAUUUUUGUGAGGAAAAACAUGAGUGGAAUGACCAAAGUUUACAUAAAAAUGUUUUAAUAUUGUACAAAACACCUUUUCUCCUAUCACAUAUAAAAUAUGUUGUAAAUUUAGAGUCUUUUCAGUCGAGUUCACUACUUAUUGCAGGGAGCAAUUUACAUUUUGUAAUGAAACCUUUGUCUAGGACAUUUAAGAGCUCUUCAAACACCUGUGCAAAAAGUUAUUUUGAGGUAAUUUUUUUUAAAAAAGGAAAAAAAUACAAAUGACCAGGAUGAAUGUUUCUGACUUCAUUUGUAUCUUUAUGGAUAUAUUAAAUUGUGUUUGUG